AUGGCUACUUUUUCUUACCUGCCGACUGAACUUGUGAUGCAAAUUGCAGAGUACCUCCAAUAUGUCGACAUGUAUGAGGAACCUGGAAUUGUAUAUGCAUCAGUACUGAGAAAAAGACAGGCCACAUUGGCAAAUUUCUGUCUCGUCAAUAAACAAUGGUACUCUGUCGCCAUUUCAAAGCUCUAUUGCAGUCCAUCCUUGUUGUCCGGGGAAUCAAUUCUGAAGUUUUUGCGAACCCUUUGCCCAAACCACAGGGACCGGAGACGGGACCGGGACCGGCCAGAGCUCGGGCUAUUGAUUCACACUCUCAACCUGGGUAAUCUGGUCCAUCAUAGUUCCAACAGCAGGACGGCACGGCUCAUCAACAAAGCCAGGAAGAUGCGCAUUUUCACCGCCCCUCAAUACUCCUUUUCCCUCAACUGUCUUGCACCACUAUCGAAAUGCUCAGAACUCAGAAGCUUGGAUUUAAGCCGAAUCUACAACACAGGAAUCAACUUCCCAACUCUCAAGAAUACCAUCAGCAAGCUUGAAAAUCUCUGGCGUCUCUGUCUUCCAGCAUCCAUUCCAAUAACUCAUUGUUCCACAAAGAGCGAAGGAGGGCCUGGCGACUGGCCCCACUAUCUCGGCGAUAUGAUCCUCUCUGGUGAGUUUGAUCACGAAGUCAUGGAAAAAUUUGAGUGGCCACCCCACAUCGAGUCUAUCAAGAUUACCCAAGGUCGGGCUCUCAGCAACCUGAUUAUCGACGCAAUUCUAUCCCAUCCAACCGUCCAAAUGAAUCUCGAAGAGUUCAUCAUCGAUUCAACCUGCUCAUACAUUCAUUUCGAACACUUUGAAGAAGUGGAAACUUCUGUGAUGUAUGAACUUCCGUGCCUGGACCGUGUGCAGAUCCCGUGUGAUUUGGCACGUUUCUUCGGAAUGUUUGAUUCAGAGUCCGAGGAUGUAAUGGGAUUUAAGUCUCUCACACUUACUGAACCGGUGGACUGUGAAGGUGAAUACCUUGACCCUGAUCUCGGUGGUGACCUAAUUGGUUCUGUCGAGUUUGGCCCGCUGUGCUUGAUUUGGGGACUGGAGGUUCCGAUCGGACUCAUGGAGGAGUACGCCCUGGACCAGUUCGAGCUGGAUGAACUGAUCGUCGCUCACCUCGAUGAUGUGAGUGAUGACGAACUUGAUGCUUGGCCUGCACUUCCGGGAUUCAGCGUCCGCAAAAAGGACAGCUAG